AUGAUGGAUAAUGUUUCGGCUUUACCGCUGCUUACUCUUUCAGGGAUAACUCACACAUUGGAACAAAGAAUCAUCCUCUUCUUGCUUUCUUUGCUGUGGUAUUUAGUGAUUCUCCUGGGAAAUGUUGUUGUUGUUUGCAUAAUUAUAAUGGAUAAAAGCCUUCAUGAGCCUAUGUAUAUCUUUCUGUGCAAUCUAUGCAUCAAUGGACUUUAUGGGACAGUUGGCUUUUACCCCAAAUUUCUCUUGGAUUUACUGUCUUCUCCUGUCAUUUCUUAUGCUGAAUGCCUGUUACAGGGUUUUGUGAUCCACUCCUCAACUUGCAGUGAUUUGUCAAUCUUAGCCAUAAUGGCCUAUGACAGAUAUGUGGCUAUAUGCAGACCUCUAGUCUACCAUUCCAUUAUGACAAAACAGAGAGUCUCUGCCUUUUUGUUUUUCUCCUGGUUCAUACCACUUUUUUGUAUGUUCAUGAACACAGCCUCAAUAUUAGGAGUCCCUUUAUGUGGUUCACACAUAAAUAAGAUCUACUGUGUCAACUGGAUGGUUGUUCAACUGGCUUGCACGACACCCAAAGCAAACGCUUUCAUUGCAUAUUUUAAUAUUUUGCUUUAUUUUUUACACGUUGUCUUUAUUUUUUGGACUUACAUCUGUCUGAUCAGGUCAUGCUUGUCAUCCCAAGAGAAAAGGGGGAUGUUCAUGCAAACCUGUGUGCCACAUUUAAUAUCUCUGAUCACUUUUAGUAUAGCUGUUCUUUUAGAUUUGAUGUACAUGCGAUUUGGGUCAAAAAAUUCAUCUCAAGACCUCCAGAAUUUCAUGGCAAUAGAAAUUCUUGUUAUUCCUCCAGUCAUGAACCCCUUCAUAUAUGGAUUCAGACUUACUAAAAUCCGCAACAGAAUCCUGAGUUUAUUUCAUUCAACAAGGAAAGAUUGCGGCUUGUCUCUGAUUGCACCCCACCAGAAGGACACUGCCAUACUCCAAACAUGGCCUAACCACAGCAGUGUAGAUGGUAACAAGAUCCUCACAAGAGUCCAGGUGAAACCCAAGGUAUUUGGUGGUGGUUACCACAGGAACUUCCUGUCCCCCAAGAAAUAG